GAUCCCGUGAGGUCCUCUUUCUCGCGAGGGUUCAUCUGCCGGUACCUGGCGCUCGGUAACGGCCCCGGUAGCUCUCCCCGAGGCUGUGCUGUUCGGUGUCACCUAUUCUCGGCAGCGGGUGACUCGCUGUGUACGGAGAGAGCGGUGUAUCCGCUCAUUGUGCAGAAAGCCCGAGUCAUCCCCGCCACCGCAGUGACCGCGCCCUCCUGUCCGCGUACACAGCUUCAGCAGCAGCAGCAGCAGCAGCAGCAGCAGCAGCAACAGACAUGGCCGACCCCAAGUACGCCGACCUGCCCGGCAUCGCGAGGAAUGAGCCAGAUGUUUAUGAAACAAGUGAUUUACCAGAAGAUGACCAGGCAGAGUUUGAUGCGGAGGAGCUGACUAGCACCAGUGUAGAGCACAUUAUCGUCAACCCAAAUGCAGCUUAUGACAAAUUUAAGGACAAGAAAGUUGGCACCCAGCAGCUUGAUUUUUCUGAUCGUAUCAGCAAAUCAAAGAGAACAGGUUAUGAGUCUGGGGAGUAUGAAAUACUGGGGGAAGGAGUGGGGCUGAAAGAAACGCCACAGCAGAAGUAUCAGCGGCUGCUGCAUGAAUUCCAGGAGCUGACACAAGAAGUGGAGAAGAUACAGAGUACUGUUAAGGAAUCUGCCACUGAGGAGAAACUGACUGCAGUUGCGCUGGCCAAGCAAGUUGCUGCUUUAAAGCAACAGUUAGUAUCCAAUCACCUGGAGAAGUUGCUGGGCCCUGAUGCUGCCAUCAACCUGACGGAUCCUGAUGGAGCUCUAGCAAAACGUUUACUAACUCAGUUGGAUGUUGCUAAAACCAAAACGAAUCCGGAAGGGAAAAGCGCUUUGAAAGGUUCAGCCCAAGACAAUGGUGGAUUGGUGACUUAUGAGUUACAUUGCCGUCCUGAACAAAAUAAGUUUUCCCAAGCUUCAAAGUUGGCAGAGAUGGAAAAGAGACUGGGUGAGCUGGAAGCUGCAGUGCGCUGUGAUCAGGACACGCAGAAUCCCCUCACUGUUGGAUUACAGGGAUCUAAUUUAAUGGACACGGUGGAAAUCUUACAGGCUAAAGUGAAUAUGUUAGAUGUAGCAUCGCUGGAUCAGGUGGAAGCCAGACUACAGAGUGUCCUGGGCAAAAUGAAUGAAAUUGCAAAGCACAAGGCGACCAUUGAGGAUGCAGACACGGAAAGCAAGGUGCAUCAACUCUAUGACGUUGUUCAGAAGUGGGAUUCUAUGUCUGGCACGCUGCCUCAAGUUGUUCAGAGACUGGUGUCAUUGAAACAGCUUCAUGAGCAAGCUAUGCAGUUUGGACAGCUGCUCACCCAUCUGGACACUACCCAGCAGAUGAUUGCCAAUUCCCUGAAGGACAACGCCAGUGCUCUAACUAUGGUCCAAAAGGCCAUGAAGGAGAAUUUAGCUACAGUUGAGGACAACUUUACUAGUAUCGACUCCAGAAUAAAGAAACUGAGCAAAUGAGCUGCAAUUUUCUCUUCACAGCCCCAAUCCCCUAAACUGCAAGAAACGAGUUCCUGCAAACGCUGCACUAUGAAACUACUCCUAAUUCCCCUUUGCUAAAAGGAAGGUUUUACCAUUGUGUAUAUAUCUAUAUAUAGUCUUGUUAACAUUCAGUUUUACCCAUUCUUCUGCUCUUACCCCUGAGCAUGCUUAGAGUGCGUCUCCUGUACCCAUCCAUGCACGGGACCCUGCUGCACCUAUUUGUAUCAGGUGCUUUUACUACGGUCCAAGCUCGUGGGAAUUAUAGCCUUUUUCAAGGUGUUGCGUUUGCAUGUUGGUAUGGGCAGAGCCUGGGGACGAGAGAACUCUUCAUAUUUUUUUAUUUAUAUCUGUAUGUACGUUUCCGUUUCACCCUCUGGUGCAGAUCAGGGUAAAUAUGAACAAUACACUGAAAAUAAUAUAACAAUGUUGCUAGCUUGAGGGAUGCUGUUCUACACUAAUUGUCCUUUCUGAAAAUAAACAUAAGUAAAUUAUAAUGAUAAAUAUCUGGAAACUUGAUGGCCUCUUACUGCUCCUUCUUACAUAAAAUAAUCUUUGUAAAACAA